AUUUGAGGUCAGUCAUGAAGCUGUGGUCAAUACUCCUUCUUACACUUCUUGUAGCCCUGCUGAGGGCUGAUGAAAUCGCAAAUGAUACCGACGGAGCUGACAGUGAGAGCGAAGUUGCAGAUAAUGGUGCUGAGUCAGGUGAUGGUGCAGCCGCAGAAGCCGACUCAGGUGAUGGUGCCGCCGCAGAAGCCGACUCAGGUGAUGGUGCCUCCGCAGAAGCCGACUCAGGUGAUGGUGCCGCCGCAGAAGCCGACUCAGGUGAUGGUGCCGCCGCAGAAGCCGACUCAGGUGAUGGUGCCGCCGCAGAAGCCGACUCAGGUGAUGGUGCCGCCGCAGAAGCCGACUCAGGUGAUGGUGCCGCCGCAGAAGCCGACUCAGGUGAUGGUGCCGCCGCAGAAGCCGACUCAGGUGAUGGUGCCGCCGCAGAAGCCGACUCAGGUGAUGGUGCCGCCGCAGAAGCCGACUCAGGUGAUGGUGCAGCCGCAGAAGCCGACUCAGGUGAUGGUGCAGCCGCAGAAGCCGACUCAGGUGAUGGUGCCGCCGCAGAAGCCGACUCAGGUGAUGGUGCCGCCGCAGAAGCCGACUCAGGUGAUGGUGCCGCCGCAGAAGCCGACUCAGGUGAUGGUGCAGCCGCAGAAGCCGACUCAGGUGAUGGUGCCGCCGCAGAAGCCGACUCAGGUGAUGGUGCCGCCGCAGAAGCCGACUCAGGUGAUGGUGCCGCCGCAGAAGCCGACUCAGGUGAUGGUGCCGCCGCAGAAGCCGACUCAGGUGAUGGUGCCGCCGCAGAAGCCGACUCAGGUGAUGGUGCCGCCGCAGAAGCCGACUCAGGUGAUGGUGCAGCCGCAGAAGCCGACUCAGGUGAUGGUGCCGCCGCAGAAGCCGACUCAGGUGAUGGUGCCGCCGCAGAAGCCGACUCAGGUGAUGGUGCAGCCGCAGAAGCCGACUCAGGUGAUGGUGCUGCCGCAGAAGCCGACUCAGGUGAUGGUGCCGCCGCGGAAGCCGACUCAGGUGAUGGUGCCGCCGCGGAAGCCGACUCAGGUGAUGGUGCCGCCGCGGAAGCCGACUCAGGUGAUGGUGCCGCCGCAGAAGCCGACUCAGAUGAUGGUGCCGCCGCAGAAGCCGACUCAGGUGAUGGUGCCGCUGCAGAAGCCGACUCAGGUGAUGGUGCCGCCUCAGAAACCGACUCAGGUGAUGGUGCAGCCGCAGAAGCCGACUCAGGUGAUGGUGCCGCCGCAGAAGCCGACUCAGGUGAUGGUGCCGCCGCAGAAGACGACUCAGGUGAUGGUGCAGCCGCAGAAGCCGACUCAGGUGAUGGUGCCGCCGCAGAAGCCGACUCAGGUGAUGGUGCCGCCGCAGAAGACGACUCAGAUGAUGGUGCUGUCGCAGAAGAUGACUCAGACGAUGGUGCCGCUGCCGAAUCAGACGACUCAGAAGAAAAUGAUGAUAGUGGUGCCGAAGAAGGAGAUGACGGUGAAUCAGAGGAAGUGUCAGGACCAGCUGAUAGUGGAUACAAAGUUCAAAUCAGUUUUGUUGUUUUUGUGAUCAGUUUAGUGAGAAACGUUCUUGGCUGGUAGUCAAAAAUUCACGUUGAUCAGAUUUUACAUUGCUUCCCAUUCGAUAGAGCCUCAGUAUCAUACUGACAAACAUUAUAGAAAAGCAACUUAGCUGGGACUUUACAUAUUCUAAAUAUUGGACGAUUAUGAAUGGAUAAUUUUAUUGCUUCACAAUACAAAAUAUUUCUCAAAUACUGUAUGAAUGUUGUAAUGCAUCACUGCAGCUAAUUAAGAUAAGUUGUUACUGACAUUUCUGAUGUGUUUAAUUUUAAAUUAAUAAAUGUGUAUCUGAAAACUGUUAUAACAAUGGUGUUCAUUUUAUUAAAGGUCAUGUUUUUUUGUUUUUAGUUUUACAAAAUAUCUCUAUUUAAUUACUGGAGAAACAUAAAAGUUUUAGUUUUGAUGAGAUUACUAAUUAUAAUACGUCAUGUUUAAUUUAAAAUUUUAACACGAA